AUGGCAGCAGAAAAACAAGUUGAGAACUACGUUCAGCCCGCCAUCCCGAGGUUCGACGGUCACUAUGAUCAUUGGGCGAUGUUGAUGGAAAAUUUUCUCAGAUCAAAGGAGUUCUUUGAUAUGGUGGAAACAGGUUAUGAAGAGCCAAAUGAAGGCGAGGUACUCUCAGCUGAUCGACAACAACUGUUGACAGCAUCGAAGUUGAAGGACCUGAAGGUCAAGAACUAUUUAUUUCAGUCUAUUGAUAGGACUAUCUUGGAAACAAUGCUUCAGAAGAAGACAUCCAAGGAAAUUUGGGACUCUAUGAGGAGGAAGUAUCAAGGCUCAACGAGAGUAAAACGUGCUCAACUACAGGCAGUUAGGAGAGACUUUGAAAUUCUCCAAAUGCAAAAGGGAGAAACAGUGAAUGAUUAUAUUGGCAAGGUUAUAAGUCUUGCAAGUAAAAUGAGGAUGCAUGGUGGUUCAAUCACAGAUGUUGCGGUCGUAGAAAAGAUUUUGCGAUCACUAACACCAAAGUUCGAUUACAUUGUAUGUUCUAUCGAAGAAGCAAACAAUGUCGAGGAAAUGCAAAUAGAUGAACUCCAAAGCUCCUUGUUAGUACAUGAGCAGAGACUCAAUCGUACAAGUGCAAUAGAGGAGAUGACAACCUUAAAGAUAUCCACACCAAGUGAAACUUCAAGCUCUAGAGGUAGAGGACAAAGAAGAGGCAGAGGUCGUGAGAGAGGCAGUCGAGAAAGAAGUGGAGAUGUUGGCAGAUCAGCAGACCUAGUCAGAAACGAUUAUGACAACAAAGGCAAGAGACACUUUGACAAGUCUAAGGUUGCAGAUCAAGGUGUAUGGGUCGUAGACUCUGGAUGCAGCAAUCAUAUGACAGGUUGUAAGGAAUUCUUCUCAACUUUAGAUGAAAAUUUUCAUAAUACGGUCUCUCUUGACAACAAUUCAUCUCUCCAAGUGAUGGGGAAAGGAACCGUAGAUAUCAAGACUCAACGACAGAAGCAGAAUUUGUGGCAGCAGCAGCAUGCUCGUGCCAAGCAAUUUGGUUAA